AUGGUGUUGAUGCGCGCUCCUCAUGAAAACGAUUUUUAUGUACUAGACAUGAGCGUUGCAACAACGACAGACAAAAAGGCUCAAUUCUUUGUGAGUAAGACGAAGGCAACGGAAAAAGAAUCCAUCAUGUGGCAUCAUAAAAUGGGGCAUAUUCACUUGAGAAAGAUGAACUUUUUAGUUCAUAAUGAUCUUGUCGAAGGUGUUAAUUUGAAAAGCUUCCAUCUUAACGAUGAUUGUAUUGAAUGCAAGAAAGGGAAACAGACGAAGAAAUCGCACCCGAAAAAGCUCUUAAACUCCAUCAGAUUACCGCUCGAAAGACUCCAUAUGGCUCUUUUCGGACCGGUAAAUGUGAAAAGCAUAAGUGGAGAUCUAUAUUGUUUAGUUGUUACUGACGACUUUACAAGAUUCUCCUGGGUGAUGUUUUUAGAAAGAAAAGACGAAACGUUUGAUUCUUUGAUGAAGUUAUUUAGGAAGUUGGAAAAUCUUUACAAACUGCCGAUUAGACGUAUUCGAAGCGACAAUGACACAGAAUUCAAGAACAACCGUUACGCUAGUCCGUUGAAGAGAGUUUUUGUUCCGAGUUUGGGGAAGAUCAUACAAGUUCAGCAUGUUGACUGUCAACAGCAUACAGCUCCGACUCAACUUCCCGGAAACAGGUUGCUAUUUGAUUACGAAAAUCUUUGGGAGUCAUUCCAUCUAUCGACAGAGCCGAAUGAGGAGGAACUGGCGUUCUUAUACCAACAACAGCAGUCUCUUUCACAAGAACAAGUGCCGAGACCAUUGGUAGUUUCCUCGCCCACCGUGGGUUCAAAUGAUCAUGAGGCUGGUCCUAGUGGAACUAUACACGUACCCCCAGAAGAAACAGCUCCAGUAUUUGAUCAGUCGGACGACUCAGAAUCGGAAACUGAUCCGAUUUAUGACGAGGAACCAAAUAUUGAGACUUCAAAUGCUGAUGAUCACACGGGUAAUCAGAAUAUAACAAAUUUGCAAUUGGAAGUGAGCGUACCGGAUACAGUCAUGCCAAGAACGUUAUCUUACCAUCCAUCAAAACAAAUCAUUGGUGACCUUCAAAGCGGCGUAGAGCCAAAAACUUACAAAGAAUCAUUAACCGAAGAGAUUUGGGUAUAUGCAAUGCAAGAAAAGCUUCUACAGUUUGAGAAGCUUGGAGUGUGGAGGUUGGUUGAUCUCCCGGCAGAUCAAAAGUUGAUCAAGACCAAGUGGGUCUUCAAAUGUAAACGAGAUGAUAGAGGGGUUAUUCAAGCCCCGAGAGCCUGGUACGAGACGCUUUCACCGCAUCUGCUGACCAACGGGUUCACCAGAGGGACUGUCGAUAGUACCCUGUUCACUAAAGAGGUUGCAGGACAUCUCCUGAUCGUGCAAAUUUAUGUUGACGAUAUAAUUUUCGGAUCAACGAAUGAUGAGUUGUGCAAAGAAUUUGAGAAGGUCAUGAAGAAGAAGUUUGAAAUGAGUUCAAUGGGGGAGAUGAAGUUCUUUCUCGGGCUUCAAGUUGAGCAACUGCCUGAUGGAAUCUUCGUACACCAGAAAAAGUAUGUGAAUGAUGUGUUGGACAAAUUCAACAUGUCCGAAUCAUCUCCCAUCUCAACCCCCCUGGCUUUGAAUCAUGGGAUCGAUAAUGUAUCUGACAGCGUCACGACCGGACAUGGUGAGAAAGUGGAUGAAACGCUUUAUAGGUCAAUCAUUGGAUCGCUAAUGUAUCUGACAGCGUCACGACCGGACAUCAUGUAUCCAACAUGCCUCUGCGCCCGGUACCAGUCAGGUCCGAGAAAAUCACACAUGAUGAUAGUGAAGAGGAUCUUACGGUAUCUCAAAGGUUAUCCAAGCAUCGGCUUGUGGUAUCCUCGAUCCGGUGACUUCUCUCUAACUGGAUAUUCUAACUCUGACUUCGGGUGCUGUAAGUUGAACGCAAAGUCCACAACUCCUGGUUGUCAGUUCUUUGGAACUCGGCUAAUCACUUGGCAGUGUAAGAAACAAACCACAGUCGCUCUCUCGAUUUGUGAGGCUGAAUACGUUUCGGCUUCCAGCUGUUGUUCUCAGAUCCUCUGGAUCCAACAACAAAUGAGGGACUAUGGUUUGCAAUUCUUAGACACACCAAUUUUUGUGGACAAUGAGGCAGCCAUUAAUAUCACUAAAAAUCCGGUUCAACACUCUAAAACAAAACAUAUUGAGAUUCGACAUCAUUUUAUUCGUGAUUGCUACGAGAAGAAAUUGAUUCGAAUUGAUCAUAUACACACCGAUGAUCAGAGAGCUGAUUUUUACACAAAAGCCUUUGAUAAAACAAGAUUUAGUUAUCUUUUGAAAUUGAACGGGUUAAAGAAUUUAUUUUCUAGGAGGGUGGUAGAGUGUGUAGCCGAGGAGGACGGCGAUCAGAAGUGA